AACUGAUCCUGAUCCUCAGCAGCUCCGGACUCUUCUCUUCUGAUUUGACUUAUUUUAUUAUUGUAUUAUUUAAUAAGCCCGUUUGGGAAACUGAGAUCAUGACUGAGAGCAUCGUGAGGAAAAUCCAGCCUUUCACCAUCGGAACCAAACUCUCAGCACCAGCCGGACCCAGAAGCCCCCUUCUGCCCACCGACUGCGCGCCAGCACUGACUCUGAACAACCGCGCGCACCCGCGCAGCCUCGGCCAGCAGGUGUCCGUGUGUAGCAGACCGGGUCAGUCUACAGACCAGUACCGCCGCCCUGCAGACCACCCUCACCACGAGCACAGAGCCAGGGAGGACCACCUGAACCGAAACCAGCUCUCCCCCAACACCACCUCCAGAUCCGCCCGCAAGAUCACCAUUUCCAACCGCCUGGAGCUCAGCAGAACCAGGGCGUUCCUGCAAACCCACAACUCAGAGAAGAACAUCAACAACAACAACAACAACAACAACAACACCAGCAGCAGCUGCACUGCCCCAACUCUCCUGCCCAGGAUAGAGCGGGUUCACUGCGAAAAACAGCCCAAACCCAAGACAGCAGAAUCCAAAUCCCGAUUACCCAAAGAAGACAUCAUGAGAAACAGUCCACCUUGCAGUCAUCCAGAAGUCUCUGUGGUGUCAAAAGUGUUGGCAGUUCAGAAUGACUGCUGUUACACUCAGCAAAAUGCAAUCUUCAGUCAGGAGCUUUCUCAGGCCGAGGCCUGGAUUCACAGAAAGCUGAAAUUUCUCAGAGACAGCAGUAAUAUGCAAAGAAGAUCCCUGGCUGAGUGGGAAGAAAUAUCCCAGACUCUUCAGAGAGACCUAAAGGACUUUGAGAACACAUUCAUUCAGCUUCACCAGAUGGGGGAGAAGUUGAUCUGUAAACGAAACCCAGAAUCUGAUCUGGUGAAGAAAAAUCUCAUCCAACUGAAAGACCUGUGGAGCUCACUUAAACAGACAGCAGACAGUCAGAUUAAAGCAGCAGGUGAAGCUCAAAAUGUGCAAGAGUUUAACAAAAAGGUGGAUCAGCUGGAAACGUGGAUUAAACAGAAGGAAGAGAAGCAAUCACUGGCUGGCCUCCUCGGGGAAAACAUCGACAAGCUGCAGCUGACUCGGAGGAUACUAGAUUUGAAACAGGAUGAGCAGCUGUAUAGAAGCCUUCUGGAAGAUAUCAACAACCUUGCCCUCAAACUGGAGAAGCAGGGGAAGAGCGAGAGCAAGAACAUCUCCACCAGGAGGAAACACAUUAACAAGAUGUGGCUCAAAGUUCAGUCCAACUUAAAAGACUGUCUGGAAAAUCUACAUCUGGCUUUAGAAGUCUCCUCCUUCUAUCAGCAGGCUGAUAAUAUCAUCUUUUCCAUAAAUAACAUGAGGAAAGGCCUCUCUGUCAAUAAGAGAGCUAAAGUAAGUGGAGACGGAGAGAUUCGGGGGAUUGCCAGUCAAAUUAUGAUGCUGGAUGUAACAGUAUCUCAGCUUUCUAAACUGCAUUUGGCUCUGUCUACCCGGGUAUCUCAGAAGCAGGCCGAGGUGAAAGACAGCUGGCUUCUCCUUCAGAACACAGUCAGGAACGAGAAAGCAGUCCAUUUGCACUUAACCACCAGGGAAGAUUGUGACCUUCCAACCCUGAACCAAGAGCCACGUAAAACUGUGGGAACAGACUCGCACAGAAUCAUGGGAAAGGGCAUGAAGGAAGAGCAGAACCAUCUGAAAGGAAUUACGGAAAAAAACACCAGGCUGUCCCCAAACAGCCAGAAGGAACCUCAGCCAGAUCCAGGAGAGAGCCUUGGAUGCAUGUGCCCCCGGGAUUCCAUGGCCAAUUUUCAGACCAAAAGUGGGACUCCUUCAAAGCCCAGCAGUUUUCCACAAUUCUAUACACAGCUCCAGAAAUUCACUGUGUCUGCAGAUAAGACUCUCUCCUGGCUCAAGGACAGCGUCACCAUGGCAACAAAUGUCUGCAGCAGUAUGGAGGAGCCUGGCAGCUACGAGGUAGCAAAGAAGUACCAGGCCUCUCUGGAAAAGGAUAUCCUGUCGAACAAAGACCGCAUAGAGCUGGUCAAGAAGGAGGGCCACAGCCUGGUCCGAGCGCAGCACCCUGGCAGUACCAAGAUACAGGAGUUCCUCAGCCAGCUCGAGGUGUUGUGGGAGGAGCUCAAUAGACGUCAUCAGAAGAAUGGGGUGGUCCUGUGUGCUGCAGAGGAACUCAACCGCAAGGUGGUCAGGGUGCUGCAGAGGCUGGGCAGUUUAGAAGCCUGGCUCGAGGCAGUGGAGCUGUCUAUCAAGCAGGUGUCCUUGGCAGGAGAUCCUGAGUCAGUGAGUGUGGCAGAGAGAGAGAGCUCCUUGCUGGAAAAGGAAUUGGAAACUCACGGCCAGGAGCUUCCCAGUCUCAGGCAGGAAAUUGAGGCCCUUUGCUGCCAGAGUCACUGCCAUGCCCAGCUACUCUACACGCGGAUGGAGGACAUAGAUAAAAAAUUUAGCAGAGUUCAGAUGGCACUGACACAGCAGAGCUCUGAGCUAAAGGACACACGCAUGCUAACAGAGUUUCUGGAGAGAGUGGAGCUGGAGGAGAACCAUUACAACACUCUGGGCCAGCCUCUUAAGAGUGAUCUGGAUUGUGAACCAACUCUGCUGCCUCGGGCGGGGAGUGCCGACAGCGAGCUGGUUGAAUGCCUGGUAGACCCUGUGGAGGAGCUGAGGGAGGCGGUGGAGAUGCUCAAUGAUACAGCGCGAGAAAGAGGCCGCUGCCAGGAACAUGACCACUGCAUUAGAGAACUCCUAAAGAGGCAUUCCACUAUAGCCAUACGGGUGGAGGAGUGUCUCCAGCACUGUGCAGAACUAGCCAUAGACAUCCUGGAGAUGGAAAACAAGAUGGCUGUACGGUGUGAACCAGAACGGUGUGGUCUGGCCAGCCUACAGGAGCAGCAGGACCAGCUGAAGGUGCACUAUAAUGCAUUGGAAGAGGAGGUGAAGGUCAUGGAGAGUCUGUCUGCUCAGUUAGCAGUUCUGUGCCCAGAGAGACUGCAUGCUCUAAAGAUUGAAGUUGAAACCAGCCUGCAAGCAUGGGAGGAGUUAGGCAGGAGUAUGGCUGAAAACCAGAGAAGACUGCUGCAAUUCAGCCACCUUCGUCAUUUCUUUAGGAGCUACUUGGAAAUGAUAUCUUGGACAGAAGACACUCGUUCCCGCAUAUUCUCAGAGAGUGCUCUGUGUGAGGACAGAGAAAGCCAUGGCUCCAUUGUUGAACAUUUGGACCAGCAAAUAGAACUAAAGUUCAAGGACUUUGAUCUGCUAGCUGCUGCAGGGGCGAAGCUCCUCAGUGAGGAUCACCACUUGGCCAAGAUGAUCAAAGAGAGGAUGGAAGAGCUCAGGAGCAUGCUAGGAUGGAUUCUAGUCCACUGGAGGGUCCAGAGAGACCAAUGGCUAAACAGAAAGAGAUCAGAGGAGCCACACACCGAUGACAUUUACUCAGAGGCUCUUGUUCCACUGCUUGAGUCAGAGACCCUUUCUGAACAACCGAAGAGGACAGAAGAUUCUACUACUGUGAUCCCUGGUGGUCUUAAAGACAGGAAGCAGCUGGAUGAUGGAUAUGAGGUGAUGGAAAGCAUCUGUCCCAAAGACAGUGAGUCCCAGCCUGCCUCUGAACAAGUUCAUUCUCCUAACUUGGAGCUGAAAGAGCAAAACACACCUUCACUCGGAGGCACAGUCAACCUGAUUCUCAGCUUCAGCAAUUCAGGGGACAAUCAGCUGCAGUUACAGGAACCAGACCAUGAAAAAGUGGAGGAAUUACCAGAGGAUGUGCACAGGCCUCCCAAGCCUCACAAUUCUGUCUGUAAAAGCUUUUGGAAACGCUGCCAGGGACUUCUUGGUAGUUUAAAGCGAAAGAAAAAGUUUUAUCAACACAGUGCAGAAGAGGUAAGUACAUACUUGCAUGUUAAGGAUGCCAUUCGAGCAGCAACUCCCGUCUAUGAGAAUAUGACACUGCAUCAACUACACGACAUGAUGCACAACUCCACCUCCUUCUCCCCCUGUGCCUCUCUGUGCUCCUCUUCCUCUCCUGAGGUGGACAGCACCUCUUCUGUUGACUUACUGGUGAAUAACAAUACCAGCUCCAUUUUCAGCAGCUUGAGAAGGAAAAGCAAAAAGAGAAAGAAGAAGAAAGAUGUUCAUGGGCACACUGUACAAAGAAUCUUGAGAGUAGAACCUUUGGAGGAGGUAUCUUCUCCUCCAGCAUAUGAGCCUGUCAUGUACAGCAUGCAUACCUGGCCCCUUAAGGAGAAGAAGAAGAGAAAGAGCGAGAGAAAGUCAGAGAACAAAGAGACUCAGCUCAAGGACUAUGUGAAGAACCACCUGGUUAAAGACACAGCUGCUGAAUGCUUGAAAGGACUGGAUUCUCCUCAUUCAAAUGUUGUGAUGGAGCAGUCUGCCGCUGCCACCACUGGCCAUGUGAAGAACCACUGCAGAUUCCUCUCAUUAGGCUCAGUGCUAAGCUUUGACCUGCCCAAAGACAUGAGCCACAUCCCUUCAAUUCAAGAUAUCAUCACCAUUGUCCCAGCUGAGCCCAGAAAGACAGCUCUCCAAGAGAAGGAUUCUCACUUAGAGCAGUGUAAAGCUCUAAGCACCUUCAAACUCGCCCAGUCACAACCAACACACCACAAUGAGGGUGCUAAACACACUAAGGUUACCCCAGUGAAAACAACACUUGAGAUUGACUGUCAGGACAAUGAAGAAAUUCGUAUAGAUGCUACUUCAAUUUCUUCAACUGAGUUUCCUCCAGCUCCUCCACCUGUUGAACACAUCUCUUUUAAGGAAAGUCAAAAUUCAUUUCUUAGAAAUUUAACCAGUAUCCAGCUGAAGCGCAUCUCUAGGAUCAGCAGUUUACACGAAGAAACAGGACUAGAGUGUGCUCACCAGCCUGUUCAUCCUCCUAAUGGAAUCAAGGAAAGUCGAGACCAGAAUGAGAAAGAAAGAAUUUCAGCCCCACAUAACGACUUGACAGCAGAAAAUCACAUAUGCCCCAGUGUCCACACUCUGAUCCAGGAUCUUCAUGGUCAUCACUACCAUAAAGCUAAGCCCACUUGCUCACAACCACAAAGACAGAGUCCUCCAGCUGCACAGAGCCAUGCCUCACACGUCGUCUUUAAAGCCAAUGGAAGAGAAGACUCAGUGGACUCUGGACACUCAAGCUCUGGAAGCUUUAAGCUAUGCACUGAGAUCCCAUACUUGGACACCUCUGAGUACCCAGGGCCGAGGAAAGCUUUGGGAAAACUAUAUUCUCUAGAAGUAGAAGAGUCUCAGACAAACAUGGAGUGUCUGAAUAAAGAGCCCAAUAACUCGCCUGUGGAUGGCCCUGUGCACCCUGACCACCAGCAGUUUGAACAGGAAGAGAAGGAGCUGGAGGAUAUCUGGAAUCAGACUAAUAGCUAUCGUCAGAGCAUCUGCUCCGAUAUCAUGUACCACAGCAACCGCUCUCAGACCAGCAGCUCUUCUCCUGGGCAGCAGAGGGAGCACUCACCCAAAGAACAAGCGGUGCUGAUCAGAAAGAUGAUUACCACUUCUGCACCCAACCUCCUAACAGCUGAGUUCAGACUUCCAUGCUGCAUUCAGGCUCUCACUGAUCACAGGACAGACUCCAGCCUCAACACAGAGGCUCAUAUUUUAUGUAAUAAGAAAAGAAGAUCCUGGGGUGUGUUCCCUCAGCAGGAUCAGUUUCCCAAAGAGUCAAUGCUGAUCAAUGAAACAGCAUCACAACCUGUAAAACUGCCAGAGCAUAAGGACCCGCAAAAAUACAUCUACCAGUAUAGAGAAGAGGAGGAGGAGAAGGAGGAGGAGGAAGAAGAGAAGGAGGGUGAUGAUAAAGGGGGUAUUAAGGAUACAUCCAUGAGCCUUCUGUCUGUUCACAUGGAUCUGAUGGGAGCUGCCACUGAGAUAUCCAACCCCAACACCAGGGAGCAAACCACGACUAGCCCAGAGAGCGGAAGACAGGAGUUUCCGUCCAUGGAGGGAACACUUGAGAGGAAACACAAGCUGCUGCUUGGAGGCAGGCGGGCGCCGAGCAGGGCGUGGAGCUCCUGCCAUGCUGUUCUGUACAGACGAACACUGAGUUUUUACCAAGACAGGAAAGACACAAUAAGGAGCUCUGUGACCAGCCUGCCACUGAGCCUAGUUGGUGCAGAAUGUAUGCCAGCACCGGAAUACACCAAGAAACCAAACUGUUUUAGUCUGAGGCUACGAGAUGGAUCAGAGUACCUCCUCAGUGCCUCCUCUCUUUUCCUGAUGAAAACAUGGAUUCUGAGAAUCCAGGCAAAUGCAGAUUCUCUGGGUGAUUUGAUGGAACAUAAGCUCCAGUCUCAAAGUCCCAGCGCUGUACCUUCCUCUUCCUCCUCCAAACAAGACUGCACUACCAGCAAGCGUCGCUCCUACUCUUUUACAUCAGCAACCUACCAGCAGAUUAAGCCUUGUGCGCUGCCCCCUUCAGGCACAAUCCAAAACGACAACACUACCUACUCAGUGACUGUGUUUAUAGGGGAUGGAGAGAAGCUGGCCGCAUGCAGCAGUGCUGCCCUGCCUCAGCCCAGUGCCUGCAGACCGCAGUUCUCCCAGCUGCCUCUCCGGGGCUAUGCCAGCCUCCCACCACCUCAGCACAAACACACCCUUAGGAAGUUCUUUGGGAAGGAAUAACUGAAUCCUGUGUGACACAGCAGGCUAGUAUGUCACUGAAUGUGCAGGACGCAGGACUGUAAAGUGUGUUUUUAUAUGAUAUAUAUUUAUGGUAACAUAAUGAGAAGUAGUAUUUUUUUUGAGAAAUUGUAUCUUUUGAGUCAUUUAACAUUAAAAACUUUGAAAAACUGAUGUUUUAGAAUAAAGGUUUUGGGAACACAUCACUGUAGGCCAGUAUUAAUAAAGCUACAUGACACCAACAUAAAGUACCUUAUAAAACCUGACAUAAACAUACAUAAACAUUUAUAGAUGGUUAUUUCAAAAGGCUCUGAUGUCUAGUUCACAAGGUUUAUAUCAAAUGACAGAUUUUCAGUGACAUUACACUGUACCUUUACACUGUCUAUGCUCUAAAUAAAACAUGGAAGCCAAAGCAAAACAGUAUACAUAUAGUGUAAUAUUGUUUAUAAAGCUUCAUAAACGUUUUUUAGUUGUUAGGAAGCGCUUAUGUAGGUCUAGUAGCAUUAUUAAUACUGGCCUACACUGAAGUCUUAUACUUUUUUUCUCUAAUAUUCUCUUUAAAGAGCUAUACUACUGUCUUAGCAGUAUAUAAUAAAACAGUUUUUACUGGUAAAGGCACUGUUAUUUGCUAGUUGACUUGAUUCUCACAUAUUUUAGCAUUCUGUGUGUAUGGCAGGGUUGUUGUUCUAGCCUAUGAUCUCUCUGUUAAACUUCUGUUGUUUUUUGUUGUGUUGUUUGUAAUAAGUGGAUUUGAAGUUAUCUAUUUUUUUCCAACUGAUUAAAUCCCAUGUUGUCCAUACUGUUUCCCUUACCAAAGAAUCUACGACUUUUCAGAGAGUAGCAGAGACUCUAAUAUGACUGCACCUUACACUGUGUUUCUGUUUUUCUCACACUGUAUACUGAAUGUUCACUGUUUGCUGUUUCUGAAGUGGACGUGUGUUUUCUUCUGAAUGAUUUUUUAUACUGCUUUAUUCUGCUUGGAUAAAUCACAGUACAGAAACAUUGACAUGUCUAAUGUAAUGUAUCAACAAUACACUUUUUUAUAAAAUGCUGAAAUACUG